GUAUAAGUAUCGAACGUCGAGAUUGCCGGUGUUGCGUUUUCGAGUGAAGUGAAUUUGUGGAGACUCGUAUAAUCAUCUCUAUUUUUCGAAUUGAGGACAACAUUACUCUGUGUUCCGAAAGAACUGGAAUUCCUGUAUUUAACUAUGAGUGAUAGCAAGGUGAUAGAGGUGGAGGUCAGUGGGAGCCGAGAAUCCCAACGAUAUUCAUCAGGACAUAGCAUGGAUUCUUAUACCAGGCCACAAUCUUCACCUCCGAAAGAGAACGGUCCCCUGAUGGUGGAACAUUCCCCUUCUCCUCCUCCCCUGCAGAAUGGGACCCCUGGAACUCCCCCAACAAAUACCAGCAAUGGACAUCCAUCCCCUGCCUUGAAGAUCAGCGCGCCCCCUCAAGACUACCCAGGGAAUUACCACCACUAUACCCAGAUCCCUGAACAUCAUAUCUCUGCCCCGACAUCCCCUGCGCAACACCACAACCGCAUCAAGGUGCACAAGAGGGACUCUAGCUCUGCAAGCUCUUCUGAUGAGGACAAACCCAGUGUGCCUUACCCUAAGACUGCUUCAACCCCAAAUAUCCAUGUCAAUAGCUUGGCAGUGGAGGUUAAUGGAAUGUCCGGACCGGUCAAGCGGUCAGUGUCCGCCUCACCUGGCAAGCGUCCAUUGGGGAUGAGCAAGAUGGAAGUUCGUAUGAGAGGACUAUCAGGGUACGACUCAGCAACAUAUAGUGAUUCAGACAUUGGUGAGUUUUUUUUUCAUCUUAUUUUGAAUUAAAAGAAAAACCUUCACAAUCUUUAUAUUUUGCAUUUACUGUGAAACAGGUUUACAUCUCUUUCAUAUAAAAAUUUAAAGGUGCCAGAUAAAAUCCAAAUCUGAAAAGUGAAAAGUCCAGAAAUUAAAACACUACUGUUUUGCACUCUGAUGAAGUACGAGCAGU